AUGCAUGUAUCAACAACUGCAUUCUUUAUUGGAAUGAGUACAAGGAUGAAAAAGUGUGUCCUACUUGUAAAGCACCCAGAUGGAAAGUUGACAGGGAUGGUAAAGUUUACGAGAAUGUUCCAGCAAAGGUAUUGUGGUACUUCGACAUCAUCCCAAGAUUUCAGCGGCUGUUUCAAUCGAAGCACACACAAAGAUUUGAUAUGGCACGAUACCACUAGAAACAAAGACGGUGUUUUACGUCAUCCGGCAGACUCACAUGCUUGGAGAGAGAUAGAUAACAAUUUCCCAGAAAUUAAAGGUGAUCCAAGAAAUCUGCGGUUAGCUGUUUCGGCUGAUGGAGUUGAUGUAAACACAGGCACCAAACAUCACAGUGGAAAGAGAACAUGGGAUGCAUAUGCCCAAGAAAUGUUUACUCUACGUGCAGUUGUUUUGUGGACGAUAAACGAUUAUCCUGCUCUUGGUACACUAUGUGGUUGUCGCUACGCUGGAUAUCAUGGUUGUGUGAAUGUGGGACAAAGUCUUGUUGGAACGUUGCUGCACAACGGGAAUACAAAAGAUGGAUUAAACGCCAGAAAGGAUUUGGUGCGUUUGGGGUUAAAAUCGGAGUUACACCCUAAGACAGAUGACAAAGGAACGAUACUUCCCGCAGCAUGUUAUACAUUAACUACGGAAGAAAAAGACAUAUUCUUGGAGACACUAUCCGAGUUAAGAGUUCCAGAAGGAUCAAUAUCUGCCAAAGAAAUCAUGGUGGAAGAGCUAGAUAAAUUGCAAGAGGAUCUCUGUGUGACGUUAUGCUUACUAGAGAAGGAAGUGAAGUUAUGCGGUCCGGUUUGCUUUCGAUGGAUGUAUCCUUUCGAAAGGUGUAUGAAGGUUAUAAAGGGGCAUGUGCGAAACAAGAAUCAACCUUGUGGAUGCAUUGCCGAAGAGAAUGUUGCAGAAGAGACGAUUGAGAUAUAUUGUGAGUACCAUAAAAGCAUCAGGACAAUUGGUAUUCCACUAGAUAGGCAUAAUACAUCUCAGGAGGGAGAACCGUUAUCAGCUGAAGAGCCGUGUAUAGUUACCCCUGAACAGUUGAGACAAGCACAUUUCUAUGUAAUGCAGAACACGCCUGAAAUUGAGCCUUACAUAGACCGACACAAGCUAUAUUUGGAAACUAACUAUUCUACUAAAAAGCGAGCAUGGCUAGAGAAAGAGCACUCUAACACUUUUGGCGCUUGGUUAAAAAAUGAGGUUGAAAAAGAGUUGGCAGACGACAGAGAAAGUAUCUCAGAGAACUUAAGAUGGAUAUCACACGGCCCGCACUACGAGGUAACGAAAUACACUGUAUAUCGCAUCAAUGGAUAUCUAUUCCGCACAAGAUCCCGUGAUGGUAGAAUUCACCAGAAUAGUGGGGUUAGCGUUGCAGCAAAUGACAUGCACAUAUCUAGAGAUGAUGAUGUUACAUAUGGUAAAGCCUCUUAUUAUGGUGUCUUGCAAGAGAUAUGGGAGUUAGAUUACUGUGAAAGAAAAGUUCAUCUGUUCAAGUGCAAUUGGGUUGAUAAUAAACGUGGGGUCAAAAGAGAUGCUCUUGGCUACAAGAUUGUUGACCUUACUAUGUUGGGAUACAAAAAUGAUCCUUUUAUUUUAGCCUCACAAGCUAAGCAGGUAUUUUAUGUCAAAGACCAGUUAGAUAAGAAAAAGUCUAUUGUUUUUGUGACACCUCCCAAAAAUUAUAGAGAUGACGAUGGCAACGAUGAGGAAUUCAGUACAGUAAUCUUUUCUGCGAAUGAUAAUAUCUUGCCGUCUGUAGAUCCACAAGACUUGGGUAAAGAAUCCCGAAAUGAUUACUUCCGAACUGACUGCCGAGGUUUACUUAUACGCAAGCCAAAAUGA